AUGGCCCCGCCAGCACUAUUUCCAAAAAUAACAGCCACUAAUGUUAUGAGCAAGAGUAGGUACUACUGGUACACAAGUUUCUGCAAUAUUUCCAUACUCAGCAAGCCAUCUUCUGACUCCCAAUCAUGCAUCCCAUUGAAGAUAACUCCAAAGUAUCACCAAAAACCUUUGGGAAGUUAUCCCAUUCCGCCUGAGCAAGAAAUGCUCUGGAAAAAUAGGAGGAAAUGUUACGGCGGCUUUUAUCAGCAAAGCAUUUCUCCCUUCCAACUGAAGAUAUUCUAUCCAUUGAUACAUCAAUUCCCAGCGAGAUUUUGGGCAAAGUUAUCCCAGGGCUGGUGGUGGGUCUACUGGCCUGCGCUAAUGACCCUCUUUGUACUAUAUAAGAUUAACUAUGAAAAUGACAGGUUCAUUCGAAGACACUUUUUUGAUUAA